AUGCUGGAGGCGCUGAGCCUCGAGCAGAUUGUGGAAGCAUCGACUCCGGGAAAAGUCGCCCGGCUGGUGCACAAGGAGUUGCCUUUCCGGUUUGCAGCACGCAUCCAGCAUAUUGAGGCUGUUACUGGCUGGGAGAAGCAGCUAGAGCUGCAGCAACUGCACGAGAUUUUCCUCGACUCAUUCAGCGAGCUUCGCAUGGCAGAGCCUCCGGGAACUGAGGAAUGCCAGCUGUCUGUGGAGGACUUGAAGGAAUAUACAGAGGUUAUCCGAAGUGUGCGUAAACGACAUCGGCCAGUCGUUGCUUUACUGGCAGAGGCUGUCCGGAAGAUGAUGCACAGCGAUGCGGCCUGGAUGGAAGGAGAUGCCUUCCAGUCGUGGGCUGACACGUUCUUGCUGUCUAGAAUCUCUACAGAGAUGCUCACAUCCCAUUACAUGGCCGUUGUGGAGUCACACGAUCCCUCGGCAGAGCAGCUGCAUAGUGCUGACCACAUCGGUAUUGUUGACACAAAGUGCAAUCCUGGACGAAUUUGUGAAGAGGCGGCCAAAGCAGUGCAGGCAAUGUAUGCAAAUCCAGAAAGGCAGGUCGCAGGAAGUCUAAGUGUGAAGGUUCACUCACACUCAGACUCCGGUUCACUCUCUGCCAUCGAGUUCUCAUACAUCCCAAAAUACUUGUUCUACAUCGUCCAGGAGCUGAUAAAGAAUAGCGCCAGAGCGACCGUGGAGGCCUGCGAAGUUGAUAGGCGAAGAACUUUAUCCCAAAGGCCCAUCAUUGUAACCGUCUGCGCUGACCAGAAACAAGUGGCCAUCAGGAUAGCAGACCAGGGAGGAGGCGUGCCAUUUGGCAAAGCUGACGAGAUUUGGUCCUAUCUCUUUUCGACGUCGAAGCAACCUUUCCAGGAGUACCUGGAGAGUGGAAGUCCCCUUGCGGGCUGGGGCGUUGGUCUGCCAUUAGGUCGACUCUAUGCCAGGUAUUUGGGUGGAUCACUGGAGUUGAUGAACGUGCCUGGCACGGGUGUGGAUGCGUACCUGUUUUUGAGACGAAUUGCCCCAUCAGAGCGAGAUGGCAUACCGCGUACCUCCAUCUCAGACUCACUGGCCCCGGUCUAG